GCUUCUUACUUGCUUCAUCACUAUCUUUGAUUGCUAUCUUGGCAGCUUCUUGUGGAUUUCUUUUCCUCCAAGUAUACUUUUCCUCCAAGUUAUUACUAGGAAAAAACCAUCUGUUGGAAGCCCAACUCAUUUUUUUUCUUAUAUAUUUGGAGCAUGGACAUGCAGAUGACGAAACCAAUAACAAACAGAUGCUAGAGAGGAGAAACUCCUAGCUUAUUGCUACUAAAGUAUCGGUUUCAAUCAGAAGAUAACUAGUUUCUCUUUCUUCAUAUCUUCCAUCCCUUUUCGUCUAAAUCUGUAUCAACCUAUAAGACUACAUGGAUUCACAAUCAAGUCAGAUUCAUAUCAUCUUUUUUCCAUAUAUGGCUUAUGGCCACAUACUCCCCACAAUAGACAUGGCCAGGCUUUUUGCAAGGCGCAGAGUGAAGGCAACCAUUGUUACUACCCUUCUCAAUGUACCUGGCUUCUCUAAAGCAAUUGAAAGAGAGAGAGAAUUGGGUGUUGAAAUCAGCAUUCGAGUCAUAAAAUUCCCUUAUGCAGAGGCAGGAUUGCCAGAGGGAUGCGAGAGUCUAAAUUACCUCAAUACACCAGAAAUGAUUCCGAAGUUCCUUCAUGCAAUUAACCUUCUAGAACAACCAUUUACAGAGAUCCUAGAAGAAUGCCAGCCUGAUUGUCUUGUGGCGGACAUGCUGUUUCCGUGGGCAACAGGAGUUGCAAGCAAGCUUGGGAUUCCAAGGUUGUAUUUUAAUGGAACUAGCUUUUUCGCUAUGUGUGUCCUCGACAGCGUUAGACGAUAUGAGCCUUACAAAAGAGCAGAGUCUGAUUUUGAACCUUUUGUAGUGCCUGGCCUACCGGACCUGAUAAAGAAGACGAAACUACAGUUGCCAACUUAUUUUAGAGAUUCAACCGAGCAGAAUCUUCUUAGAGAAUUCAUGGGUCAAAUUUGGGAAUCUGACCUUAACAGCUAUGGAGUCCUCAUGAAUAGUUUCCGUGAGCUAGAACCAGCUUACUCAGAACACUAUAGAAAGGUCAUGGGAAGGAAGGCAUGGCACAUUGGCCCUCUCUCACUUUGCAACAGUAACAUUGAAGACAAAGCAAAGAGAGGAGAUAAAGCAUCCAUUGAUGAACAUGAAUGUCUAAGAUGGCUGGACUCCAAGAAAGCCAACUCAGUUCUCUAUAUAUGUUUUGGGAGCUUAUUCAACUUUUCAGCUCCUCAAUUACUUGAGAUUGCUAUGGCUCUUGAAGCUUCUGGACUAAACUUCAUUUGGGUUGUGCGAACUGAAGAAAAAAGAGAGAAUGAAGUGACAAAAGAAUGGCUCGCAGAAGGAUUUGAGAAGAGGAUGCAGGGGAAAGGUUUGAUCAUAAGGGGAUGGGCACCCCAGUUGUUGAUUCUUGAACAUGAAGCUGUUGGAGGUUUUAUGACUCAUUGUGGAUGGAAUUCUACGUUGGAGGGAGUGAGUGCAGGGGUGCCAAUGAUCACAUGGCCACUCUAUGCUGAGCAGUUUGACAACGAAAAACUCAUUACAGAUCUUUUGAAAAUAGGAGUUGCAGUUGGUGCCCAAGAAUGGUCUAGGCAUGAGAAAAAAAUUUUAGUGAAGAAGGAAGAUAUAGAGAAGUCAAUGUCUCGGUUAAUGGUUGGUGAAGAAGCUGAGGAAAUAAGAAACCGAGCUAUGGCACUAAAAGAGAUGGCAAGGAGGGCUACUGAAGAGGGAGGAUCAUCUUAUUCUGAUGUUAAUGCAUUGCUUGAAGAACUAAGAGCCCUAAAGAGGAGCAAGGAGAUAGCUACCAGCCUGUAAAAGCAAAUUGCCAGGAAAGGACUGCAAAAGUAAUAACAAUAAUAAACUUAAGAGAUUAUGCAAA